AUGGCGGACACCACUUUCAAUCUCCUCCACAAUUUCAAAUCAAACAGGGAUUCUUAUGGGUUCGCAUUAAGGCCUCAAUACGCACAAAGAUAUAGAGAGUAUUCCUUAAUCUACAAGGAAGAAGAAGUUGAAAGGUCAGAUAAAUGGAGAAGUUUCAUUGAACAGAUAGAUAAAUCAUCUCAAGCAAGUUCUUCUGAGAACAAACAUAAAGAAACAUUGAAAGUUGAAAGUAGUGAGGUCAAAGAAGAGAAAAAUCCUCAUAGGGUAAGUAAUGGGGAUGAUUCGAGUAGCAGGACUUUUCCUGAAUCUGCGGAGGUAGAAGAGACAAAUGCAGACAGAAUUAGUGUGGGAGAAAUUGAGAUAAAAGAAGGUGACUCAAGUAGCAGGACGUCUUCUGGAGAAACUGAGAUAAAAGAAGUUACUGGUUUGGGGAAGGCUAGUGAAGGUGACUCAAGUAGGAGGGAGUCUUUUUCUGAUUGCUCAACAAGAAAUAAUUCUCCAAAGGAACUGCACCAUUCAGAAGAAAGAAAGACCCGUAAGGUUCAACGCUGGGCUGAAAUUAGGUCAUCUCUUAGUACCAUUGAAGAAAUAUUGAGCUCUCGUGUCAAGAAAGGAAAAAAUAUGAAACAUGAGAAGACAAAUGUUAGUGAUGGCCACCUUCCAUCUAUAGAAAAAUCAGAACCUGUAGAAGGGGAUCCUGAGGAAGGUAUUCAGGGAAAGGUCGGCACUAAUGAGACUCUAGAUGGCGGUAAUGGUUCAAGGGCGGAAAAUAAUUUAAUGGAUCAAGACCUGCCAGAACUUUUCUUCCCGUGGAAGGAACUGCAGUCCCUUGUUCAGGGAGGAGUCCCCAAGGAUCUUAGAGGAGAGGUCUGGCAAGCCUUUGUAGGUGUGAACACACGGCGGGUGGAGCGCUAUUAUGAUGAUCUUUUAGCUCAAGAAACUAAUAGUUGUGAAGGCAAGGAGCAAGAUGUUCAAUCUGUUGCAUCAGGGAAAUGGAGAAAGCAGAUUGAGAAGGACAUACCACGAACUUUCCCAGGUCACCCUGCUUUGGACGAAAAUGGCAGAAAUUCCUUGAGGCGUUUAUUGCUAGCAUAUGCUCGACAUAACCCCUCUGUUGGAUACUGUCAGGCAAUGAACUUCUUUGCUGGUUUGUUGCUGCUUCUUAUGCCAGAAGAAAAUGCCUUUUGGACCUUCGUUGGAAUUAUUGAUGAUUAUUUUGAAGGCUGCUAUACGGAAGAAAUGAUAGAAUCCCAGGUGGACCAGCUUGUUUUUGAGGAAUUGAUGCGUGAAAGAUUUCCUAAACUAGUUAAUCAUCUAGAUUACUUGGGAGUGCAGGUAGCAUGGGUAUCUGGGCCGUGGUUUCUAUCAAUCUUUGUAAACAUGAUUCCAUGGGAAAGUGUUAUUCGAGUUUGGGAUGUUCUGCUGUUUGAAGGGAACCGUGUUAUGCUAUUUCGAACAGCGCUGGCUCUAAUGGAAUUAUAUGGUCCUGCGUUAGUUACAACAAAAGAUGCAGGUGAUGCAAUUACUCUAUUGCAAUCACUUGCUGGCUCGACAUUUGAUAGCAGCCAGCUUGUCUUUACUGCUUGUAUGGGUUUUCUAGCUGUGACUGAGGCACGAUUGCAGGAACUGAGAGUAAAACACCGCCCAUCUGUAUUAGAAGUUAUAGAAGAGAGGUCAAGGAAAGGACGAGUUUGGAAAGAUUCAAAGGGGAUUGCAACUAAAUUGUAUAGUUUCAAGCAUGACCCAGGGUCACCACUGGUGAAAGAAAAAAAAGAUAAUGACAAAGGUGAUAAUGUAGCUGAUAAGGAUGUGCAGUUGGGCUUGGAGUCCCAUUCCUCUAGCUUAGAUGAACUGCUUAAUAGUCUCAAUAUUGAUUCCAAAAUGGAUUCCCUACCCGAUCUCCAGGAACAGGUAGUUUUGUUGAAGGUUGAGCUGUGCAGGUUGCUGGAGGAGAAAAGAUCUUCCAUACUCAGAGCUGAAGAACUAGAAACAGCUCUAAUGGAGAUGGUGAAGGAAGAUAAUCGUUUGGAGUUGACUGCGAGGGUUGAGCAAUUGGAGCAUGAGGUAGCCGUCUUACAACAAGCCCUUACUGAUAAACAAGAACAAGAAGCUGCCAUGCUGCAGGUUCUAAUUCGGCUAGAGCAGGACCAAAAGGUUACCGAAGAUGCCCGCAGAAGAGCAGAACAAGAGCUUGCAGCUCAGAAAUUGGAAGUUCACGUGCUCCAGGAAAAGUAUGAGAAGGCCACAGCAUCAAUUGCUGAGAUGCAGAAGCGAGUUGUUAUGGCAGAAAGUAUGCUGGAGGCUACCCUUCAAUAUCAAUCUGGUCAAUCCAAAGCGCAAUCUUCUCCAAGGGCUGGUCGUGUAGAAAACCCUUCACGGAAGAUCGGUCUUCUAAGUUUUGGACUUGGUUGGCGUGACAGAAACAAGGGUAAACAGAACACCGAGGAAUCAACCGAAAGUCCACAUGACAAUGUCACUCCAAGAAAAGAAUCCAAUAUAGAAGAACAACAAGGUAGAUAG